AUGCCCGAAAAGACGUCAGCGGCUCAACCACAGCGCAGGUCGGCAAGGAUCAAGUCUUCGCAGCAUAAAGCCGGGCCCGCGCCGUCACAGGCUUCUAAGAGUAAGCCGCCUGCCAAGGCUGAGGCUAGCCGCAAAAAGCAGAAGGUCGCCGAGGCGCCGCCACUACCCAAACGGCGGCGUCGGCAUGCCCGAGAUGUCGAGAUGAAGGGGUUGCCGUCCAGAGCUUCCCGUGGCUCUCUGAAUCGCCUGCUGGAGAUAUCACUCGACAUUCUCUUGGAGAUCUUCACACAUGUGAUGCCGGGCGACUUGCUCAAAGUCGCAUGUCUGAAUAAGAGUUUCAGCGAGCUACUACUUUCACGGCGCUCGAUUUCCAUAUGGCGCGCCUCGCUUGAGUGUGCUUAUCCUAAAGGCUAUCCGCCUAAACCAGACGAGUGGACCGAGAUUGCCUGGGUUCAGCUUGUCUCUGGAGGUAGAAUCUGUGGCCUCUGCGGUGCGAUGACCACUUUGGAUAUUCUAUGGGCAUUCCGUGUCAGGCUAUGCGCAUCCUGUAGGGACGAGCACGUUUAUUAUAGCACCUCCCAGUUUGUCGAACACAGGCUACGCGACGAACGAAAGGACAUCCGCACUCUUAUCCCAACAUGUACCGUCCAAAGCUAUUAUGGCCGUUCAACUUCAUACAUACUCGACGAAGAUGUCCUUGCUUAUCAUGCCGAGCUUGAGGAGCUACACCAAGAGUGCUCAACAGAAGCUCUAUUCCUCGUUAAACGGGACGAGCUCGACGCUGAAAUGACGGAACACACGCGGUCUGCCUUAGCUCACGCGGAACUUUGCGAGAAGAGCACUGAACGACUCAAGGACCAACAGGCCACAGACAAGGAGGCGGAAAUCAAACAUCGUGUAGCCCAGAUAUACGAUCGUUUACUUGGCCUUGGCAAGUUCGAAGCCGCCGACUUGGAAGAGCCUAUCAUUCGGCGGCAUAAGGACGUCAAUAACCCGCGCCCUCUAACGAAAGAAGGCUGGGAACGCUUGAAGCCAAAGUUUGUCGAACUCGCGAAGCAGGCCAAGAAAUCCCGUCUCGAGCGCGAAAAGGUUGAGCGUCGACGUGCACGCGAGAAGCUCGUGGCAGUCGAAUAUCGCGCUUUGCUCGCGCGUGUCGCUCCCGAAACCAGCUCUCUCAUGCCCACGAUAGCCGAACUUCUUAAACUUCCCCAAAUUUCUUCGGCAAUUGUGGAGGACCAAGCCGUUACGGAUGCUCUGAGAGGAUCAGUGUCGAAGGCACUCUCCAAUUCACUGCCGACGAUCUCUGAGUCUAUCAAAGUACGCGCCGACGCGUUCAGGAAGACUAUACCUCAUUCGUGGCCUGUCAUGUCCUUCGAUCAAGGCGUCCCUACGCAAACCGCCACAACGAAAUCUGGUCAACAGAAACAGGUUGAUCUUCAUUCGUGUGUUGCUGGGCUCGACCUCGCUGCAUACACCUUCUCGUGCGCCCGUGCUACGCCAACUGACAGCUAUGAUGACAAGUCAUGCCGACAUUCGGUCUUAUAUGGACUGGACGCUAUGGCACACACUUGCCCCACCUUGACCGAAGUCACAUUGAAACCAACAAAGUCGUAUCACAAAGCAGUCUUGCGUAUCCUCGACGCCCUGCAGCUUGCUCCGGACACGACCACAGUCUCUAUGCUUGACAAUUUGGACCCGGUUUUUGUUAACUCUUCGUCUGGGACGCACUGGUCCUCAGGGGGUUACAGUCUCAUUGGUUGGAGACAGGCGGUCGCACACAUCGCGCAUUCUGCUAGCAAGCCAAAGAUGUCGCCUAUCAGGUUGCUCACAGCGCCAGAACGUCGGUGGUACAGCAGCGAGACUGACGCAAACGGCGAUCGUCUUUCCCAUCUAACGUCCGAUCCGGGGGAUCGGCCACAAUACGUCGAGCACUUGCCGGUGUGGGGCUUGUGUGGCAAAUAUACACAAGACCAUGCGGAUCUCUGCCCGAUGACCACUGGAGAUGGUUCACUAUUCCUCAAGUCCGAGCCCACCUUGCCCAGUCGCAUGACAUAA